AUGGAGUCAUCCUCAGCCAGCUCAGACGGUGACGGGACGUGUGUAUCCUCAGCUGCCUCCUCUACCCCUUCCACAGGAUUCUCUGCUGCUUCCCCAUUCGUCGCUCUCCUCUCGCCUGUGUGGUUGUUUCUCCCCGCUUCGUCCUCGUUCUCCAGCGAGAUCUCUUCCGAGGUCUCCUCUUCCCCACCCAUAAACCUCGGGUCUGCUUCCAGAUUGUCAGGCUCACCCGGUUCCUCAUUCGCUGGGGGACCUGCCCUUUCUGGUCUAUUGUGGUGCUUCCGCCACGUGCCCGUUCGCAGCGGGAUUUUGGUUCUGGGCAACGCGUUGCGCCCACCCCGUCCUCCCCUGAAGCCACCACGCGCAUCCCCGCGCCCCCCACGCCCAGCACCGGUGCCACCUGCGGUUCCCACCGCGCUGCUUGUUACCCCGCGACCUGCCGGCAUCCAAGGGGUGCGUCCGCCACGUGGCGGUCCCCAGGUGAUCGUGCCUAGCCUCGCGGAUCGACGAAUCCCUUGCGUUCCCGGAACGCCUCCACCUGCUUCCGCUGAUUCCGCAGGUCCCGGGGUCACAGGGGGCGGUCUCUCGCCUGGGUCUGCAGAGGUCCCAGCCCUGCUCCGGGCAGUCUCGGCGCUGGCUGGGCGCGAACCUUCCUCCUGCCUCUCCCGCGAGCGGCGCGCACAGCAACGCCGGUCCCGCGACCCGAUGUAUCUGCGCCCACGGCAGCAGCAGUCAUUCCGGCGGACGCAGCGCCAGCCGUCACACCCCCCUCGGGCCUGCCUCCGUCCCGCCCCGUUGCCCCCCCCGCCACAGCCACCACAGCCGGUACCAGUGGCGCUGCCCUCGUCGCCUCCUCCGCUCAUCCCUGCUCCGCCCCCCUCCCCCCCGCCUGUCCCUGUUGCACCGCAAGCCGCUGUGCUGCCGGGGCAGUGGCGGAGGGUGAAGCUAAGUUGUCGCCAGAGGCAGCGGCAGUCCCGACAGCAGAGCUCUGCACCGCCCCAGUCUCCACUGCCGCCUCCGGCCCAAGAUGCUCCUCAUUUCCAGAUCCUGCAGCACCGUUGGAGCCUGUGGGAGGAAUCCCUCCAGGUCGACCAAGCUCUUCGCGUCGAGCCGGCAUGA